AUGUUUUGCUGCAAAAUUAAAAAUACAAUUCAAAGUACAACUAGAAAUUAUGAGUUGUUGGAUGAGAUAGGGAUGGGAUCAUAUGGAAAAGUAAAGUUAGCAAAGGAUGUUAAAAGUAAAAAGAAAUAUGCAAUUAAGUUGGUUUAGAAAUUUGAAAAUAUUUUUAGAUUGAGAAGUAGAAAAUGGAAGAGUUUCAUGCAGAAAAUAACAUCUUAACUGAGAUAAGAAUCUAAUCAAAAUUACAUCAUCCGCAUAUAGUAGAGUUAGUGGAAUACUUUGAGGACGAGAAAUUUAUAUAUUUAGUGCAAGAAUAUUGUAGUAAAGGAACUCUUAGAUAGUAAAUUUGUAAGAGAAGAUUGUAAGAAAAUGAGAUUUACAACUAUAUAUAUUAAUUGAAUGAGGCAUUAAUUUACUUACAUCGACAAAGGAUUGUACAUCGUGACUUAAAGGUAUUUUAGAAACACCAAGAUUUUAGUUAGAUAAUAUAUUAUUAGAUGAUAAUGAUACUAUUAAAUUGACAGAUUUCAAUUGGGCAACCAAGUUAAAUAGUUAUGCAGCUGAACCAACUAAUUGUGGGACAACUCAUUACAUGCCUCCUGAGAUUGUAUUGUUGCAACCACAUACUGAAAAAGUAGAUAGUUGGUCUUUAGGAAUUAUCAUUUUUGUAUUUAAUUAUUAUAUAGAAAAUAGGAAUUAGUAUUUUAACAUAGACCUUUUGAAGGAUUAACCUAAGAAGAAUUGUAAAAAUAAAUUAUCUACCAUAAUCCAUUAACAGAUUGUAAAUCAAUUCCAACUGAUUUAAUUAUGUUACUUAAUUGUCUACUCACCAAGAAUCCUAUAUAUAGAUUGAACUGUGAAUAAGUUAAAGUCAGUCAGUGGUUCUAAAGAUAACAUCACAAUUCAUUUUUAUAAGCAGACGAAUCUGUCAACCUUACUAAUAUCACUUAUAAUAAGAAUGACAAUAUUUGA